AUGGCCCUUAAACUUGAUAUGAGUAAGGCCUAUGAUCGCGUGGAGUGGUCUUUUCUUGGUGUUGUUAUGGAUAGAUUGUGGUUUUCAGCCAAGUGGAUUGAUAGGGUCAUGGAUUGUGUUUUGACUACAAGCUUCUCUUUUCUAGUUAAUGGUCGGUCGGCAGGGAAAGUUACCCCAUAUCGGGGUUUAAGGAUUAAGGAGACUUUGGAGACAUAUGAGAAAGCAUCUGGUCAAGUUAUCAAUUUUCAAAAAAGUUCGGUUUGUUUCAGUCCAAAUUUGGACGAUGGUCGGUGGGGCUCAAUUCUUGAAGUUCUUAACCUUCCCCAUAAUUCAGAGCAUGAUUCUUAUUUGGGUCUUCCUUCAGUUUUAGGCCAAAAUAAGAAACGCGUGUUUGACAAGAUUAGAGAGCAGGUGUGGAGGAACUUACAAAUGUUGGAAGGUAAAUUCCUUUCUGUUGGAGGUAGGAAAAUUCUCAUUAAGGCAGUGGCCCAAGCCGCCACCACCAAUGCCAUGAUAAUACCUUCCACUUUGUGUGAUAAUAUCCAAUCACUUAUUUCUAAGUUUUCGUGGGGAGGUUGCAAGGAGGAUAGGAAGAUCCACCAGAUGCGAUGGAGUCUUUUAUGUCGAGCUAAGGGUGAGGGUGGAUUGGGUUUUCGAGAUAUGGAAGGUUUCAAUAAAGGUCUAGUAAUUGCUAUGCAAGGCUGGCAUAUUGUUACAUGUCCGAAUUCUUUUAUGGCACGUAUCCUGAAAGCAAAAUACUUCACAUCCUCUAGCUCUCUAGACGUGCCAGUUGGAUAUAAUCCAUCAUCCACCCCGGCAAUCAAGGACUUGAAGGUAUCGGAUUUAUUACAGGGCUUUCGGUGGGAAUUGCAUAUGAUUGAAGAUACUUUUUGGGACGUGGAUCGGGAUGUUAUUCUGGAGAUUCUAAUGGGUUCCCAUCGACGAGAAGAUUUCUUGGUGUGGCACUUUGAUGACAAAGGGAAUUAUUCUGUCCGGUCAGGAUAUCAAGUGGAGAUGGAAUGUCGGGAUGUUUCUAGUAGCAGCGGGGUGUGGAUCAUAGAUGGUGGUCUCGUCUAUGGAAGCUUCGGAUUCCUAAUAAGGGCUCAUUUAGUGAAGCAUAGAGUGAAGUGCUCAAGUAGUUGCCCGAGAUGUGGAGAAGAGAUGGAAACCGCAAGUCAUCCUCUUUGGUACUUUCCUGCUGCAUUAGAAGUGUGGAUGAAUUCAGCUAUUUGGACUCUGGUAAGUUCUUUUUCUUCCGGGCCGUUUGCUGCUUUAUGUUUACAUGCGGCUAGUCAGGCUAAGGAAGAGGAAUUGGAUAUCUUCUGUAUGAUUACUUGGAGUUUAUUGCUUGAUCGAAAUGGGAGGGUGUUUGCUAAUAAGGCUAUGGCUCCAGUAGAUGUGGUUAAUCGGGUAAGACAGGUGUUAAGUGAUUAUUUGAGUGUUCUUUCGGUGGAUUCACGGGCUGCAAAUGUGCCGACUUCAGCAGCUAGUAAUUGGCGUCCUCCGGUGGCUGAUGUGGUCAAGAUAAAAGUUGAUGCAAAUGUGCAUCAAUCAUUGAAUGCAAUAGGCCUUGGAGUGGUGAUUAGAGACAAGGAAGGAAUUGUUUUUGCAGCCAUAGCAAAGAGGAUGGAUAGACGUUUUUCCCCUCAUAUAGCAGAAUGUUUUGCAGCAAGAAAGGGUGUGGUGCUGGCUGAGCGUCUUGGCUUUCACGAGUGGAUCCUUGUAUUAGAUGCUAUCAAUGUGGUCCGCGCCAUUCAGGGGUUUCCUCGUCGUGGUUCUUAA